CACAAAUAGAAGUAAAAACCAUACAAAGAGAAAGCGAAAAUCAACUUAUUCACUUCUAUAGUUCAAGAUAGAAUAUUGAUGAUGGGUUUUUCUGGGUUUCUUCAAAUUCUUCUUACUUAUUUUCUACGCGAUCUUGCAUGGCCUCUACUUGCUUUUGUGUAUCCUUCAUAUUGUUCUGUUAAGGCAAUUGAGGUUAAUACCUUACAAGAUGCUCAAAAGUUGAAUGCUUACUGGAUUGUCCUCUCUUUGAUUUUGCUUAUUGAACAUGCUUUAGGAACCCUCCUCCAAAGGUUACCAUUUUGGACAUACAUUAGGUUAGUGGUUGUUUGUUGGCUAGUGAUACCUCACUUUGAUGCUGCUUUUUAUGUCUAUAAACACCUUCUCCACCCUUGCUUCUCCAUUAUUAACUGCUCCAACCAAGAAAAGAAAAAUCAAGCUGAGACAGAGACAACAAAUGCAAGAGAAAAUGGAUAUGAACUAGUUCUUGACAACAUUGCUAGCAAAUCAAACUCGAUCAAUUUUGAUGUUGCUGUGGUGAAAGAUAUAAAUUCUAAAGACGUGGUAAAGGAGGAAGUUACAUCAGCUAACCAAUUGAGGCAAGCAGAGCCUACUCAGCUUCUAAUAGAGAACAAGAACUUUGUAGCCUCAGAGACUAAACGAAAGAUUGUUCAACAUCAAGCUGCUGUUAGAGACUUUCCCUCUGCUUCUAAUGUAGUCCACAACAAGUGGACUUGUUUAAUAUGUAAGGUGACAACUGAAACUGAGAUAAAUAAAAAUUCCCAUCUUAGAGGGAAAAAACACAAGGCUGCAUAUGAGGCACUGAAAGCAAAUAACUUGACAUCUUUGCUCAAGAUUGUCCCACCUCCAAUCCCGAAGAAAUCCGACAAAGUUUCGAAACAGAAAGCAACUGCAAGCAAUCAGUUUAGUAAUGAACACAAAGAGGAGCCGAAAACUAGCACGUCUCGACGUAGUAGAAGGGAAAAUAAACUCGGUAUGGAGCAUGGGGAUGAUGGGAAAGAUACUGAAAAGAGUAGGCCAUACAAAGUACCUAGUAGUACUAAGGUGAAGAAUGCUUUGAGGUGUAGAAUCUGUAAUGUGGAGUGCAGUAGUUCAAUUUCCAUGCAAUCCCAUCUUAAAGGAAGAAUGCACUUGGCUCAACUAGGGUUAUCAAAAUGAGUUUAGGACUAUGAGACUAGUAAUGUUUAUGAUAGAGAUAGUGUAAUGUUGAAGAAAUGAAGCUGUUAAAUGUAGUACAAACUUUUCCUUUUCUUUGAGCAACUUGUAGGGUUGACUGUAACUUUUGUUCUACCUUUCCUAUCUUAAUUUAAUAGAAUUUUCGACUGAA